CCAAAGACCUUGCCUGCAGCUCAUACAACCAUGUCCUUUGUCUCAAGAGGGGCGAGGGCUGCAGCUCGUCCCUUACGACGCUCAUUACAGCACCAAUCGCGCCGAAAUGCCGGGCAUGAAGCUGGCCAUGGCCACGGCCACGGUCAUGAAGGAGCACGAGAGAGUGCCAUGCACGUCGAAGCUGGGUCGGGCACCGAGUCGCUAAGCCGAGGCUUCUAUAUCAGCGUAGCACUCGUACCUUUCGCGUAUCUCGUUUAUUCGAUCGCAAGUUCUCCUGGCGACAACGCUGUCUCACGCAUGGUGAAGAGUUAUGAAGACAACAAGAGAGCUGACGAGACGAAAAACGUCAUCCACACAACAAUGCUAGAACAAGCUGCUUGGGAUCGCCAGCUGUUUAGUGCAAACGCCCGAGAUGAGAGUGGCCCGAGCCUUAGAAAUCCAGAGUCCUUCAACUUCGGUUCUCCGUACAACGUUUCAGCUGGCAGAGACACUGCAGAUCUCUCUGCUCUCGCCAAAUUCUAUCAGGAUGAGAAGGAAGAGGCCGAACAACAGAGAAUAGAGAGACUGAAGAGAAAUAAAGGUCGUUCGGUAUACGACUAGGCGAGCAGUUAUGCCGAAGCGUUGCAAGUGCCUAUUGUACAUAUGACAAUUUGAUAAAAUGAGAAAGAAACAACUAUGACGGUCGGAACAUCCGCAGUUGGCUUGACCCCAGUUUCAAGCUGGCUUUCGCGGUGCAGCCUUUUCUGAGUAAAGCCUUUGGCAUCCCGGCCUCGGCAAAUUCUGAAUGAUGAUGCUUUUGGAAAUGGCUAUC